AUAUAAAAAUUGCAAUGACGACGUGAGAUAUGAAUAACUCCGGAUCAAAGUUAAUGUUUAUCUUGUCUCUGUUGGCUGUUUUGUCGUCUGCUGCGGCGUUUAACGUGGACAUUUCUUCAAAUCAAAUUGAUAUCAUUUCGUCGCCUGAUGUAAACACAAAACUUUUAACAGUUCAACCCAGUAGUAAUAUUUCCGAUACAACUUCGUAUUUUGGAUAUACUGUUGGAAUUAACAUGGUCGACAUAAAUAAUAUAACAAGGGCAAGAUUGCUCGUAGGAUCACCACUGCACAGAGCAACAAAUCGGUCUUCAGUUCAUCCGCACAUUGAAAAAAAGCCGGAAGGAGGAAUUUAUGAAUGCAAAAUUGAAAACAUUUUCGUAAUUGAAAAAAAUGAUUCCAAAAUAUCUUCACCUUGCGUGCCAAUUCAUCCAGAAAAACGACUCCCCGGCGAUGUAUUUGGGAAAAGUAUUUCUUCAAAUCCUGAUGGAGAUAUGACGGCUUGCUCUGCAACACGAGGAAAGAAUUGCUUUUCCGCAAUUCAUUUACCGGGAUUUUGUUAUAGAAGUUCUGAUUUUGGAGAAACGUGGAAUAUGGAUAAACGGUCAAGAAAUGCAGCUUGCAGUGUGGAAACUGUCGACGUCAUGUUCGUUCUUGAUGGUUCGGCUUCAGUAGUCGGUCACUUUCAAAAGAUUAAAGAUUUUGCAACGAAUAUCACGGCCUUGCUUGACAUAGAAAAGGGUACAAUACACGUUGGAGUCAUUCAGUAUUCAACAUUUAUAUGGCAAAGACCCCAGCAUCGAAAAAAUUACAUCAAAACGGAAUUAAAACUAGGAGAGUUUCAAAAUUUGGAGGAUUUUCAAGAAGCCAUGUCGCAUGUAAAUAUUAGCAUGGGUGGAACAAUGACAGGUGCUGCAUUAAAAAAAGUCGUUGACGAUUUCACACAAUCUGAAAGAUAUAACUCUUCGACCAAUAAGCAAGUUAUGAUACUUCUUACCGAUGGACAGUCAAAGUAUUCGAAACACGUAACACUUUAUGCUCAACAACUUCGUGACAUUGGAGUUGUUCCAUAUGCGGUUGGAGUUGGACAAAAAAUUGAUGACAAUGAACUAAGAGUGAUUGCCACGGGAACAGAUACUGACGUCAGAGUAUAUAAAGUUGAAAAUUUUGAAGGACUGAAUGAUAUUGUUGAUGAUUUUCAAAGUGAAAUCUUGAGUAUUCAGUUAGAAUCUUCGCAUCACAAUGACAACGCUUCAUUUAAACUGGAAGUUGGCGAGACAGGAUUUUCGUCGCAUUAUGGAGCUAUAUUGAAAGAUGAAAACAAUAACACAGUAAGUUUAUAUCUUUACGAAACUGGGUAUUUUCUUUUCUGUUUUAAUUGCUAUAUUUUAAGUAAUUUUUGUGAGUUGUGACUGCAAUGUACCUUGUUUGGGUGUGUGAUGUUUCUGUCUGAUGCAGCGAUGCCGGAAAAGAUUUUAUUUAUACUCUCCCUUAACCUCAAUUUUGGUUUACUUUGACGCAUAACAGAGUGUCACAAUGGUAAGUGAAUCCACUGAAGAUGAAAACCGAGUUUCAUGUCGAGUUAAGUUGCAAAGUUUAGUUGACUAUUGACUAAAGGAAAACGGUCUAUGUUCGAAAAUAAUUGUAAAAUAUACAAGAUGAAGGCUCUUCGUUGUUAAUUAUUGAGGGAUAAAAAUGAGUAUGAUGCACAAGUCCAUCGGUUUCAUCAAUGAAUGUUGAACGGUGGAGUGGAAAAGUAGUAAUUUACUGUUUGUAUAAUUUGAAGCCAUCAAUCUUGACAAACUGUAACAUAACGUUCAACAAUAAAAAAACUGCAAGAUAAAAUUGACAUAGCAUAAUAGUGUAUUCACGAAAACGUAAGUGAGCUCUCUCUUAACAACAAAUGUAAAAUGCUGAUAUUUUAUAAAAAUUAAUAAAAAACGAUGGAUUGUGGUAUAUACGUUAAUAAAGACAUACAGAUAUGAUUCCAAUUGAAACAUUUUGCCAUUGGAUAUUGACCAAUCUCCAAACAUUUAUAUAACAACUAAAUCAAA